AUGGCACAACACACAUACGAUGACUCAAUAAAAUCUGCAGUAGAAAAGUCAAUUAUUCUUCUGCACAAAGGAGAGGUAGACAUAACAGACGAGAUGGAAACAUUUAAUGAGAUAGACCUCACAGGCAGAAAGGACCUUGAAGAAGCACUGCAGAGACUAUACAGUGUAGACGCACUUCCGUGCAUACUAGCAUAUGGGCAAGUCUUUUCUAUUGAAGAAAUAGAAGCAGUGAAACAAAAAGAGAGAGAGUUCAAUGAAAGCGAGUAUAAUGCAGCAAUAGACAUGAUAAAAAGAAACAAACGAGUUAUAUUUAUAAAAGGAACACCUAAUAUGCCCCAGUGCAAAUUUACAAGAGAGCUUAUAAACAUGCUGAAAGAAGAAGGUUUAGUAGCCGAGAGUGACUAUAAGAGUGUGAAUGUCCUGGAUUCAGUGACAGUAAGGGAAAAAAUAAAGGAGUAUGGAGACUGGCCAACUUAUCCACAAGUUUAUAUAAACCAAGAGCUUGUGGGUGGCCUGGAUGUUCUUAAAGUAGAAAGAAAAAAUGGAACAAUCAGGUCUAUUCUGGAUAUAGAGUAAGCUGUGCAGUAUUAUAGAGUAUUUCAAUGUUUCUGUAUUUUCGGAGCACUAGUAAAUUAAAUUUAGUUUGGAUA